GGGGGGGGGUUGUCUACCACCGAUCGGGCGAGAAAAGUGGUGCGACGGAAAGCCCCUGACAUCACCAUGCCAGGUAAAGAGUGAAGGAAGGUUUGGAUCGUAAAGGAGGAGGAGGGGAGUGACACUGCGGGUGUGCUUCUAGUGGCCUCUCCUUCCCGGUGAACACCUUUCCGGGCACGGACUCUGGGAUGAUGAUGGAUGGCUGGCCGCAGCUGCUGCUGGCUCUGCUCGCCAUUGCGGGAGAUGGCCUGGGAGCAGACACGGAGGAGCGGUUGGUGGAACAUCUCCUAAACCCAGCACAUUACAACAAACUGAUUCGCCCUGCCACUAACGGCUCCGAGCUGGUUACUGUGCAGCUGAUGGUGUCGUUGGCCCAACUCAUCAGUGUGCAUGAAAGGGAACAGGUGAUGACCACCAAUGUCUGGCUAACACAGGAGUGGCAGGACUAUCGGCUGACGUGGGUCCCCGAGGAGUUUGAUGGAAUGAUGAAGGUCAGGCUGCCCUCAAAGCACAUCUGGUUGCCUGACGUGGUCCUUUACAACAAUGCUGAUGGGGUGUACGAAGUGUCCUUCUACUCUAAUGCAGUGGUGUCGUACGACGGCAGCAUCUUCUGGCUACCCCCGGCCAUCUAUAAAUCAGCCUGUAAGAUUGAGGUCAAGCACUUCCCUUUUGACCAGCAGAACUGCACGCUGCGCUUCCGCUCCUGGACCUACGACCGCACGGAGAUCGAUCUGGUGCUGCGCGCCGACGUGGCCAGCAUGGACGACUUCACGCCCAGCGGGGAGUGGGACAUCAUCGCCCUGCCAGGCAGACGGAACGAGAACCCGGCCGACCCGGCCUACGUGGACAUCACCUACGACUUCGUCAUCCGCAGGAAGCCUCUUUUUUACACCAUCAAUCUCAUCAUUCCCUGCGUGCUCAUCACGUCGCUGGCCAUCCUGGUCUUCUACCUGCCCUCCGACUGCGGGGAGAAGAUGACGCUCUGCAUCUCGGUGCUGCUGGCGCUCACCGUGUUCCUGCUGCUAAUCUCCAAGAUCGUCCCCCCCACCUCGCUGGAUGUUCCUCUGGUGGGGAAGUACCUCAUGUUCACUAUGGUUCUGGUCACUUUCUCCAUAGUCACCAGCGUGUGCGUGCUCAACGUGCACCACCGUUCCCCCACCACACACACCAUGCCCCCCUGGGUCAAACUGGUGUUCCUCAACAAGCUCCCCGCCCUGCUCUUCAUGCGCCAGCCCAAAAACAGCUGUGAGCGCCAGAGGCUGCGUCAGAGAAGGAGGGCGCACGAGCAGAAGGAGGGUGGGCGCGGCGGGGAGGCGGGGGCCCUGAUGGUGGGGCUGGGGCUGGGCGGCGCCGGCGGAACUGGAGGGGGAACCUCCACAGCGGUGUUUGGCAAGGAAGACGGCGAGCCCUGUACGUGCUACGUGAACCGAGCUUCCGUCAAACAGUUUGGAGGGGAUCUUGGUGGAGCUGGAGGGGGUUCGAUGGACAGUCUGAACAGGGUGAGGGAAGGCAGAGAGGGUGCCUCUGGAAACCCGCAGAGGGGGAAGCAAGCAGCUGGAGGGCCAGCUUUGACUCAGAGCCUGCUGGCUCAAGCCUGUCCGGGCUUUGAGGAAGCUGUGGAAGGAGUACGCUUUAUUGCCAACCACAUGAAGAGUGAAGAUGACGAUCAGAGCGUGAGCGAGGACUGGAAGUACGUUGCCAUGGUGAUCGACCGCCUUUUCCUGUGGAUUUUUGUAUUUGUUUGCGUGUUUGGCACAUUGGGCAUGUUCAUGCAGCCCCUUUUCCAGAAUUACACAGCUAAGACCAUCACCUCCUCACCAGGCUGACCAAUCCCCAGCCAGGAACUCGCUGACAGACAGCUCCCCCACCAAUCAGCACAGUGGGACGUGGGCCAGAGGUGUGUGUUUGUAUGUGUUUUGGGGGGGAUGGGUCAAAGUUUUACUGUGUCGACGGAACUGGAAUCAAAAUUGCCACUGAACAGCAAUCACGCCCAUUAACUUUACGGCAAUGUUUUUGCAGCAAAAAAUAGUUUUUUUUAUGUGUGAGGAUGAAGGAAAACAUCAUCAAACCUGCUCUUUUUUGCCCAGAUGCGAAACAGACUUACCUUCCCUUUUUGAUAAAAAAAAAGCUUCCUCAUUGGCCCACUCUUCAUCCUUUCAGGGAGUAAGGACACUUGGAUUCCGUCCUGUUGAACCUCAUGCCAGCCAGUCAACAGAAUGCCAAACUCAUGCAUACCGUGUCAGUUUCUAACUACAGGAGACAUCCCUCACAGACAUUGUGGACUGACGUUAUAUCGGAAAGAGAUUGGUGGUUCAUAUUGAAAUUCCACUACUUACUUUUUGUUUAUCAUAAAUCCACCAUGUCAUUGAUCUGAUUCAGUAUAUUUUAAUAUAGCAUAGCAGCCACAAUAUAGCUUAUAGUAUAUAUUAUAAAGAUUUCUCUAUGUUAGCCCAUGCCAAGUUUUGUUGCUGGUGAACAGGCAGAAGUGUGUUGUAUGAUUGUACAGAUAUAAAAAGAAUGUGAUAAUAACUGUACUGCGCAGCUCUGAUGUGCACACUAACAGUAUGUGUGAAGGAAAACACAUACGGGACGCUUAUAAUGAUGAAAGAGCCAAGAGGCAUUAUUACUGAACAGUCAAAGAGAUAAGGUAAUAGAUUAUGCAUGGACAGAUUUUGUUUGGGGUGUUUUGCACAGUAAGUGGAGAUCAGCGCAGCCGAGCUGUGUCAGAGAGCAAAGUGGCUGAAGAGACUUACUUUGGAAAAAUAGAGCUUACAUAUGACUGACAGUGGAAUGUGAUAUCGCCAAGUAGGAGUAUUUAGAUCUGAGUUAGAAGAAAGGAGAACUAUCGUGUAAACUAACAUGUAAUCAAACCAUGUUGAUGAACAGAUGGGAGUUUUAUAAUGGAUACUGAACAAUUAGGUGUAUUAACAUGUGCUUUCACUGGUGGUUAUUUGAAUUCAUUACUCUGAUUGUCAAACUAGAGUAAGACAGAUAAAUAUAUAUAUAUAUAUAUAUAUAUAUACAGAGGUUUAAAAUGAAUGCCAUACUUCUCUGUAU